CUUUCAGCAACAACCUUUUUCUCCGCCCCAGGUUACACCUCCCCUUCCUUGCGCUUUCUAAUGCACCAUUGCAUCGCGCUCUGCCAAAACCCCGCCACCUUUCUCGCUCAUGAAAUCAACCAACAACAUCCUUCAUGGAAUGCAUCACCGCUUCUCCCCGCCUUCUUAAUCGCUGCUCUCUUAUCCCUUCCUAUAUAUAGAUAUAUCCGAUACCCACUCUCCCUUCGUAGCUUAAUUCCCAGCACUCCCUUUACCUCCUCCAAAUGGCCUUCUCCCCUUCCUUCCUUCUCCUUAUCGUCUCGGUUUCCAUCCUUUUCCUUUCUUCUCCCGGCGGCGAUGCUGCCGAUACUAGUGCUCGAAAAUGUUAUAUCAUUCGCGUCCGGGGUGACCUUAAACCCUCUGUGUUUGCCGACGUCGAGCAGUGGUACUCCUCCACUCUCCAUACCCUCCGCUCUUCCACCGACUCUCUCGAGAGAUCCUCCCGGGCGACACGUGGCAACCGGAAGCUCCUACACGUGUACCGCGCAGUCUUCCAUGGCUUCUCCGCCGUGCUGACCCCGGCGGAGGCCGAGCUUCUCCAGUCCGACCCGGUCGUCCUCGCCGUCCUCCCCGACCGGCCCCGCCAACUCCACACAACACGCACCCCCCUCUUCUUAGGCCUCGUCUCCGCGGACUCCAAGCCCAACUCCCUCCUCGCUGCCGCCGACUCCGGCUCCUCCGUGGUCAUCGCCGUCGUUGACACCGGCAUCCGCCCAGACCAUCGGAGCUUCGCCGACGAUGGCCGCCUGCCCCCACCCCCUUCCCGCUGGAACGGCUCCUGCGACGUCGGCCUCUCCUUCUCGUCCACGGCCUGCAACCGAAAGCUCGUCGGAGCCCGCUUCUUCUCAAAUGGCUAUCUGGCGGCCACCCACGGCGGUGCCAGUAACGGUCCCGACAUCUUCUCCCCCAUCGACUCCGAAGGCCAUGGCACCCACACCGCCUCCACUGCUGCUGGCGUCGUCACCGCCAACGCCUCCUUCCUCGGCUACGCCGCCGGCGUCGCCUCCGGCGUCUCUCCCGGCGCCCGCGUCGCCGUCUACAAGGCCUGCUGGUCCACUGGCUGCUACGACUCGGACAUCCUCGCAGCCGUCGACGCCGCCGUCACCGACGGUGCAGACAUCGUCACCCUUUCCCUGGGAGCCGGCAGCGUCCCCACGCAUCUCGAUCCCGUCGCCAUCAGCGCCUUCGGCGCGAUCGAGCAUGGGGUCUUCGUCGCCGCCUCUGCGGGAAACGGCGGCCCUGGCGAGUCAACCGUCGCCAACAGUGCCCCCUGGAUAACCACCGUCGGCGCCGGGUCUAUCGACCGCCGAUUCCCCGCCGACGUCGUGCUCGGCGACGGCACCGUCGUGAUCGGCGUCGCCAUCCACGACGGGAUACGCGUUUCCCGGAGGCGGUCCUUCCCGCUUGUGUACGCGGGAAACGUGUCCACGUCCGCCCCGGGGUUCCGGUCCUCCGCCCCCUACUGCCUCAACGGGUCGCUGGACCCGGCGGCGGUACGCGGAAAGGUGGUGCUCUGCGAGCGCGGCGCGGUUCCGCGCGCCGAGAAGGGAUUGGCCGUGAAGAACGCCGGCGGGGCCGCGAUGAUCCUGGCCAACGCUCUCACCGACGGGGAAGGCGUGACCCCGGACGCCAACGUCCUCCCCGCCGUGUCCAUCGGCUAUAAGGCCGGGAGAGCCAUAAAGGCGUACAUCGGCGCCAACAGCGAUCCACGUGUCCGUUUGCACUUCCGCGGGACCCAGGUCGGCGUCAAGCCCGCACCGACGGUGGCCGGGUUCUCCGGGCGCGGGCCCAGCUUGCAUUCCACGAACGUCAUCAAGCCGGACGUGAUCGCGCCAGGUGUCGGCAUCCUGGCUGCCUGGCCGGACGGGGUGAGUCCGACGGAGUUAAAGGCCGACCGGCGCCGAACGGAGUUCAAUAUCAUCUCCGGCACGUCGAUGUCGUGUCCUCAUGUCGCCGGGGUGGCGGCGCUGCUCAAGGCCGCGCACCCGGACUGGUCGCCGGCGGCUAUCAAGUCGGCACUGAUGACGACGGCCUAUGUCGCCGAUAACACGGGCGAAGAUUUGGUGGACGAGGGCACGGGAAACAGGUCCACCGAAUGGGCCUAUGGAUCCGGGCAUGUGGACCCGGAGAAGGCCGUCGAUCCUGGUCUGGUCUAUGAUCUGACGGUUGACGAUUACUUGGACUUCAUGUGCAGCUCCAAUUACAGCAGCGCCGCCAUCGGGAUCAUAACCAAGAGACAAGCGAAUUGUUCGGACAAGACUCGGAAGCCUUGGGAUCUCAAUUACCCAUCAGUUUUGGUGGUUCUGGAGCAAUCCGGGACUAGCAAGCUCGAAGCUCUGGUUCAUCGGACGGUGAUGAAUGUGGGAGAGGAGAAGUCAGAGUACAGCGCCAGUAUCAGAGAACCAGAAGGAGUGCGACUGGUGGUGGAGCCUCAGAAGUUGGUGUUCGAAGGCAAAGGGCAGAAGCAGGAGUUCGUCGUUAAGGUUUCGGCGGAGGCUGUUAACUUGCUCGCGGGGAAUUCACGGACGGAGUUCGGGUCAGUGACAUGGAGCGACGGCAAGCACACAGUGAGGAGUCCGGUUGCAGUGACAUGGCAGCAGCCGUAUUAGGGUAGGCCAGGAGUACUAGAAAUGUUGAGAAGCUCUUAAAAGGUGGCGGAAGCGCCCGGUUGCGGGUUAAGGAGAGGGAUGAUGCUGUUUCCCAGGUUACUUGCUUUGUGGGCAGUUGGCAGAAAUGUUUGUGCUAUAGAAAUAUUUAAUAAGCAUGUCCCUCGUGGUAGGGUUAUAUGUUGAUGUGCUUAAUAGAAAUAUGAAUAAUAAUGCAAUGACAUGGCGAUGCUUUAACUGGAUA